GCUCCUGGGGCCAGCACCCCAUCCAGGCAGAAGGUCCUCGAGGCAGGCUGUCCACCGCUGGCUUCCCUCUGGCAGGAUGCUGCAGCUGGAGGGCCCCCAGGCCUCGGAGGAGGGGGGCCCCCGGAGGAGAGGAGAGACUGCAACAUCUGCUGCUCGGCCUAUGACCUCUCCGGGCACCUGCCCCGCCGCCUCUACUGUGGACACACCUUCUGCCAGGCGUGUGUGCGGCGGCUGGACACACCGGCGCCCGAGCAGCACUGGAUCCCCUGUCCGCAGUGCCGUCAGAGCACGCCCACGCCUCGCGGAGGGGUGGCCAUGCUAGAUCUGGACCUGGCUGCUUUCCUGGCGGUCAAGGCUGAGCGGGAGCCGGCAAGACUAGAACCCCUGCCCCUCACCUCCCUCAAAGGCAGCGCCAUCACUCAGCAGCCAGCUGGGCUGUGCCCUGCCCUGGGCCCCCAGCCCCACUUCCCCCAGCCCAGAUACUGCUGCUGGGGCUGUGGCAGCCUCUGCUGCCCACCCCUAGGCAGCCCUGAGGUCUGAACUCUGGCCAUUCCCACCCCUGCAGGGGAAAUGCCUGCCUUGGAACCCCUGACCACACACCAUCAUGGGUUUAGCCCACUCAGAACAACCUGGCAGUAGCAUCCUAUACGCAGCUUCGUGUGGCCCAGCAGGGUGGUGUCAUCCCAGCCGUGAACAUCCCAGGCCACAGCCUAAGGUUGGGGGCUGGGAGGCUCCGCAGGAGGCUGGCGACCUCCCACCUGUCCUGGCCACAAUUACCAGACCCCAGACUAGCCCGACCGGAUGUGCCUGGUGAGGACACUGCUGUCUGAGUGGGCGGCAAGCCUGGCUUGGGCCUAGACGCAGCGCAAAGGAUGGCUCCCAAGAGGAUGCGAAGGCCAGUCCCGGGGGCCUGGGCUGCAGGCUGGAGGGGCAGGGCCGGUCUGGCUAUGCCUGGCGGGCUGCCCAGAGCAGGUCUCCCCUCUCCCACAGACGUCCCCAGGGUGUACCAGGAGGGUGGCAAGACUACCUCCUUCCUCCCUGCCCUGCAUGGCAGCCCUGUGAAUUCACCCACUCAACAAAGCUCAUGGAGUUCCCA